GCUUGAAGGAAAUCUAUUUAUUCUUUUUGGGUACUGAAUUUGUGGGGUUCACGCAAUGGAUCGGUCCGGCCCGAAUGUUUUCAUCUUUUGGUUUGUGGUGUUCAUGCGUUAGUUGUCUGGCGACAUCCAUCCGUCCGCUGCUGAUCCGACGAUCAGGAGGGCAACGACUGACGGAAGGGCGGGCCGUUCCUGUAUGUGACGCCAUCUGCAGCGGGCGUUUCGGGUCAUAGUGGGCCGUCUCUCCUCGCUUCUCUCAUUUCCGUUUUUGCAAGCUGCCGAGCUUCGCACAAGUCGCCUCUUCCUCUGCUUCUUCGAAUCGCAUUCGAUGACGGGCGAGGUAGAUCGAGGAGUCUAGUGGGAUCGGACACCUGCGAGGAGCCAUGAAUAACAAAAGUGAGGAGAUUGCGACCUCAGAUCAAUGCGAGAAGAGGAACAAGGCGUUCGGACGAGUCGGCGCCGGAAGGAGAUGCACCAGGCCAAAACCCAGCUUGGCUCCGCGAUAGGGCAGAGAAACAGUUUGCUUGAAAUAGAGUGUUGCAUCCGAUCCCAGGUAAUUCAUUAUUUUUCGACAUACAGUGGAUAAAACAUGUUUUUUUCUGAACGUUGACCGUGUUUUUUCGAGUUUCUAACAAUUCCAGCUUCUUUCAUCCCGUUGUUUAUAUAGACGAUCUAUUUUAAUUAUGUUAAGAUAUUUCUCUAGUUUUUUGUUGUACGUACUCCCUGCGUUUGGUCCAUGAUUUCAAUUGUAUAGUGCAAUGCUCUAUGCUUCCUUUCAUUACAUGAUUUGAGUUCGCACAGACGAUUAGGAGGUGAAGCAUCUCUACCCCGACAAAGAAAGAAAGGAAGCACGGUAUCAAAUAUAGUGAACAGAUGACCCCAUGCUUUGUUUUUGAUUCCCUAUAUUCUUAUUCUUGAACCGCAGAUACUGGAGUUUCUCCGACAGGAAAUGACCAGCACACCACUGGAAUAGAAGAAAUAGGUAUGUUUUCCGUCGAAGCCCUUUUAUGAUCGUUUCAAGGCACCAUAGUUUAGAUAUUAUCCACUUUCAAUAGAUAAUAAAUACUACACAGUACACGUAGGGUCCCCGGAGAAAGCAACUGUUGAAGCAGCAGAUUCUGCUAAAUUAUCUCCCACCAGAGCUAUUCAUUGAGCCUACUAUAUUUCUUGUGGGUAACCGAAUGAUCAACCAUUUAGCAGACGAAAUUAACUGGAUUUAGUUUUCUCCCUUCAUCAACAGUGAUACAACUCUUAGGCAGAAGAUGCUGCUUCAAUAACUCUAUUUUACUCUUGAAGAUAUCUUGGGGAUCCACAGUGAGCUUUUCAUUUUAGAGGAGAGAACCAUAUGUUGUUAAAGGCUCAGGUUCCUGCUAUUAGAGGUCGUCCACACAAAAAAAGAAAAAGUUCAACCGUUGAAAAAUUGGUACUCUACCGUUCCUGCUUUUCAAGUAGUUGAAGAUGAGGAUGGAUGACGAGAAUGAUAUCUUCACCGUAGCUCAAAGUAUCACUGAGCUUUCUUCUCUGAAGAAACUUGAUACUUGCCUUGAAGGAUUGGUCCGAGUGGAUAUCUAAGUUGCCACAAAGUGAUGAAAGAGCCUAUUCUGUGUGGUGUGGCCACUUUAGCCUCGAGGAUCGUCCUUGUUAACUUGUACCUAAUUGUUAGAUGCUCUUAUCUGUUUUGAUAAGAAAGUCAAAUGUUUUGGAAUUUGGAGAAUCAGCAAAAGCUAUAAUCUCGUUACAAUAGGGAAACAGUCCACAAUCACCCAUGACAUAGCCUCGUGUUCCUGGGACCUUGCUGGUCCAUCUAUCUAACCAUGCUUGGCUGUGCUCACACUACCUUUUCUUGGACAAAAUGCAUUGCUGGAUUAUAAUUGAUGAGUGAGAGAGUGGGACAAUGGUAGGAUGGUUUGUACAAGGAUAUGCAAUUGCAAUUGGAUGCAUCCGAUAGAAUUGUUCCCAACUAUCAUCGUCAGACUGAUAUGUGUAACCAAUCAGAGGAAAAGAUGGUAAGGGCGAUGGAAUUGAGUUUGUUCGGAUUAACUAUGCUAGAGCUAGCCACACGUUCGUGAAAUUUGUCAUCUGUAAUAUAAGCUCUGAUCGUGACAUUUUAUUCCUAUAUAAAAUGGUCGGACAUAUCCCGUCAAUGCUCUUGCAACAUUUACUCAGCACAUGCUUAUGAUGCUGACUUUGUGUUGAUCCCUAGUAUUGACAUUCCUUUGCUCUUUGGUACAUAUAUCAGGACAUAUUUGCUUAUGUUAAAUGUGUCAUGCCUGUGGUAUAUGCUGCACAUCCUAAAAGUUGUUAGCAGAUGUUGCACAAGCAUUAUGUCGUGAAUUAUUCUUUUCGAUACAUAAAAAUCAUCAAAAUCAUAAUACCUCUGCUUUAUUUAGAUAUGACCAGAACGCAUAUGCUGAGUCAUGAAAAUUAUAAUUUUUAGCCAAAAAAAAGGGCUUCAUGAGAAAUAAUCCAGGGCAAAAGAAUGUUAAUAAUUCAAAAACUUUGGGUAAAAAAGGAUCUAGAUUCGAGUUAAUAAUUCAAAAAGUUUUGUUGUUGUAGGUCAUGUUAAGUCAAGACACAUCAUUCCUUUGAUGGAAGUCGAAAACACAUAUUCCAGCUAUCAGCUUAAGCAUGUAGAUGGAUCAAGAAAGCUCUUUUUAGGAGGUUGUUGUUGAGUUCAGAUCUCCACGUAAUUUCAUUGAAGCUAUCACCAUAAUAAUUUUCAAGAGCGGAAAUAGGUAUUUCUGUUGGAGUUAUCACCAUAUUGAUUUUCAUGAGUGCAAACAGGGACCAAAAUACUAUAUUUAUAAAAGUAAUGCAAAGAGUACGGUGAUGAAGAAUAAUUAUUUAUACUAUGCAGAGAUUGAUUGUAGGGCACAUAAAUAUGGAACUUCAUGCUUGGAAAAUAGCUGAGAUAAGUGAGAGAUGCUCAUAGGUGCAUAUAUGACUAUUAACUUUAAAUUUAAAAAAUAAAAAAGAUGGCCUUAGUUUUCAUCAGUUUUGAAUAACAUUAAAACGUGUACCUUUUGUGUGAUGGACUGCUCCUGAGCUGGAGAAGAUAAAAAAAAUGGGAAUUUGGGUGUUGGGAAGUCAUGCAUCAAGGAGACGUACUCCAAUUUAUCUGUGGGUAUGGCCUGAUACCCAAAUCUUGAACCAAAACUGAGCCACUUCUAGGGACACUUGUCCCACUUGAAUGCGACAUUCACUCAGGGAUGUCCUCCUAUCUGCUGCUUUCCUAUGAACGAUAACUAUCCAGUGGAAGCAGCAAUGACAAACUUCUUAUCCCGUUGGUGCCCACAUGUUACCAUUAUUCUCUGUUAUCCCAUGUAGAAAAACACAAGCCAACAAGAGAGAGAGAGAGAGAGAGAGAGAGGGAGGCUGUUUUGUUACCCAAAAUCAUUCAAAGCAUCAUGUUUCGUUAUUAAAUGUCCUCCUCCCACUCUUCUCUUGUUCUUCCUUUCAUUGUUUAUGGUGUUGAAGGACCAUUAGUCUGGAGAUGUAGCAGCACCAUAAAAAUUUCAUCUCAAUUAUGCUUGAAUGAGGAUCAGAUUUGUCGAGGUCCCACUUCAUUCAAUGUGCAAAGCUGUACGAGUACAUGAAUGAAACGGUGCAAAGCAUCAUUAGUGCAACCACGAGAACAUAUUGGAUUCUUUCCGGUCUAUUCAUUCGCCUCCAUCUCCUUUAGUUAAUAUGAUUUAAAUUGAUGCUGACUCCUAUCCCAUUUCAGGCAGGUUUGUUCUGGUUCACAACACAUGAUUUACAUUUCACUAUCGAUCAACUCCUCAUUUAUCUCCCGUGGCAAUACGUGUACAAUAAUGGUCUGCCAUAGGAUGUAAUAUGAUUUUGUUGUCUGUCAUACCAUUAAUAUGAUUUUGAUGUUCUAUUAUUAUCCAUUAAUUUUGUUGUCUGUCAUACCUCAUCAUACAAUCACUAGAUUGAUAUCAUUUUGUUGAAUACAGGAGUUAGUGGUUCGUAGUUGUCCGCGUCUUGUCUCUUACUGUUACGUAUUUUAUUGAUCAUUUAUGUUCUUUCUAUUCAAAUAUGCAGUUGGCUGUGGAUAGCCAAUAGCUUACAACUCAAAACAGGUCUAAGUUUUUAUGUCCAGCUACCACUCACCCGUAGUAUAGAUAGAUAGAUAGAUAGAUAGAUGGCAUCAGGAAUUUAGAUUUUACAACCAGAAAAAUCAGAUUUAGUUUCCUCAUCGACACUAGUAAAAGUAAAUACGACGUAAUACUAGGUAACUUUACGUCAACAAGAGGCUAAAGAAAACAUCUGGCGUGAAAUAUUAGUUUCUUGUUUGACCAACCUUUCCUUAGUUAUGAGAUGGAUUACGUAACGUACAUGUAUCGGAGCACCGGCUUUCCAACCUGCAGAUUUGGUAGGAGAGACAAGGAGUCACAUUACGAGCGAGUUGGUGGAAGCCACUAUUAGAUUAUAUCGGAGAGGAAGCCAUAUGGGAUUCCAUGGAUCGCAUGCCACGCCAUUCAUAGUUCGAUGAUGGAAAUUGACGAAGUUUUAGGUCAUUUUAAGAAAGAAAGUUGCUUCUGGUAUUCCAAGUGUCAAGGUUCUGAAGUUUUUUGCAAGUGCUCUUAACAUAUUGGCGAAAAGCCAAGUGCUUUCGCAUUAGCAUCAUGGUGAGUGCAGUCUCCUUUUUUAUCACCGUUUUCGGGUGGCAGUGUGGUUCAUCGGUGGCGGUGGCAGUGGCAGCUCGAUCCAGGGGUUGAGAUCAUAAAUAUCAGAGAAGGUAGGGUUCAAAUUUUAGUUGGAAUUAUGGGUUUCUCCAAACCCCACCCCAAUAGAAAGGUGGGAUGCAUAGGGGCCGCGCCACGAGAUCUGUGAGCCGGACGAUUUAGAUGGCCAGCCCGGGUUCGAUACAGGGGCAUAUGAGUCAUUCGGAGGUGAGGAGAGGAUGUUUCUGCAAAUUCUCGCUUUUCUUUCCCCGGUCACAUCUCUCUUCUGUGGAUGCUGAGGACGGAGGUGGACAAGUAGAGUUCCAUCUCAUCUCAUCAGGCAAGAAGGACCCCUAAGACUUGUGAUCUCUGCAAACUUCUACGGGAAGCACGCUCCUUUCCAUCAGCCGAGAGGAACCCUAAAUCUGCGAUCUUUGGAAACUAGGUACGGGACGGGAGAUUUCCGGGGAUCAAUUUUCCGUCUGCGCUAGCAACGUCCUUUGAUCGCACUCGCUGCCGCGAUUCGUGCUAUGAAAACCCUAUAUUGACUGGGGUUUGGAUUCCUAUCGUCUUCUGCUUAAAAAGAUUGGAUCUUUCUGUGGAUUGUUUGUUCGGCGAUCUUUUACCUGCAGAAAUUUCUCUACUGCAUUUACUAAUGGGGAGAAGUGAAGAAUUUAUUCAGAUCAAUGAAGCACAUCCACUCUGAUAUUUACCUAGUAGUUAUAUACCCGAGUGUUCAGAUUGAUGGCUUCCAAGACAGUUUCCAAACCUUUCAUGGAACAGCAACACAAAAUACCUGAUGUUCAAGUUCUAGAAAAAGCUGCUUUGCAGCCUCCUCCUUUACGGGUACCUAACACAAACAAAUUGGAAUCUGAUACACCAAGAAAGUUGCCAAAGUCUGUGCUUCAGAGCACAUCAGAGCAUAAAACCGAAGAAGUGUUGGUGGACCAAAUUUUGAAUCACCAACCAAAGGAGUCUUAUAACAUUUCAACUACUAAAGUUACCAUAAAGGUUGCCAAAUCUCUAGAUCAUGGUGUCUUGGUCGCAUCCUCCAAUAAUCCGAAGCAAUCCGGCCGACAGGCUGAUUCUGUGGAUGGCACAGUGACUUUGGAUGCCAGCAGAUCUCAAGAAAAGAAAAACUUAGAGCAGUGCAGUGAGAAAAAUAGCUCAUCAUCUGCCAAAAUCAGUGAUGGCACUUGCAGUUUGACAAAAACUAGUGGGAGUGCCAAAAUAAGUGAUCGGAUUGAUAGCGGCAAGAGUAGUAUGUGCAGAGCUAGUACAAGCAGUGAUGUUAGUGAUGAUAGCACUUGUAGCAGCAUAAGCAGCAGCAUUAGCAAGCCUCACAAAGCAAAUGAUUCAAGAUGGGAAGCAAUUCAAGCUAUGAGGGCUAGAGAUGGGGUUCUCGGUUUGAGCCAUUUCCGGCUAUUAAAAAAGCUGGGUUGCGGAGAUAUAGGCAGUGUGUAUUUGUCAGAGUUGUGUGGGACUAAGUGUUAUUUUGCAAUGAAGGUCAUGGAUAAAGGAUCUCUAGCUAGUCGUAAGAAGCUGCUCAGAGCCCAGACAGAAAGGGAGAUAUUGCAAUGCCUGGAUCACCCAUUUCUUCCAACAUUGUAUACGCACUUUGAGACAGACAAAUUUUCCUGCUUGGUGAUGGAGUUUUGUCCUGGAGGUGAUUUGCACAUACUCAGACAGAGACAGCCUGGAAAAUAUUUCUCAGAACAAGCUACCAAAUUUUAUGUAGCAGAGGUUCUCCUUGCUCUGGAAUACCUGCACAUGCUGGGUAUCGUCUACCGCGACCUCAAGCCUGAGAAUGUGCUUGUUCGAGAAGAUGGCCACAUCAUGCUCUCUGACUUUGACCUCUCACUCCGUUGUGCUGUUAGCCCCACCCUCAUCAAAUCCUCCCACCUCAACUCGGACUCCAAACGUAGUAAUCCUCUCUACUGUGUUCAACCUGCUUGUAUCGAACCAUCCUGUGUCCAGCCUUCUUGUGUGGCCCUCUCCCCACGAUUAUUCUCCUUGAAGUCGAAGAAGGAGCAGAAACAGAAGGUUGAGACUGGAAAACAGGUCGGUGCACUUCCAGAGCUCAUUGCGGAGCCUACCGAUGCGCGGUCAAUGUCAUUCGUUGGUACCCAUGAGUACCUGGCUCCUGAGAUCAUCAAGGGGGAAGGGCAUGGUAGUGCUGUCGAUUGGUGGACGUUUGGUAUCUUCCUCUAUGAACUUUUGUUUGGAAAGACACCCUUUAAGGGGUCAGGCAACCGGGCUACACUGUUUAACGUAGUUGGGCAACCACUGAGAUUUCCCGAGUUUCCAGUUGUGAGCUUUGGUGCUCGAGAUCUUAUCAGGGGAUUGCUUGUUAAAGAGCCACAACACCGGCUCGCUUACAAGCGUGGGGCUACGGAGAUAAAGCAACACCCAUUCUUCGAGGGUGUUAACUGGGCCUUGAUAAGAUGUGCAAGUCCACCCGAGAUCCCAAAGCCAUACGAGAAUUUUCAGCCCCCGGGGGUUGUAUCAUCUUCAAUCCAGAAGGACGCCACCGCCUCUGAGAAAAGUUCUGAUAACUACCUGGAAUUUGAUUUUUUCUAGCGAGUUUUCAGAGACAGUGGAGUUUAUCGUAUUUGUCUAUCGGGCCAUGAGCACGAGUUCCUGAAUGCCACAAGGAUCUUAGCGAUUUGCUGUACAUCUUCUGGUUCUUAAUGUGGAUGUCGUUGUCCCAAGCCAACUGUUUUGGCUUUUAAAUCUGUAACCAAAUGAAUGUUGAGGAGGUGUCAUAUUUUCUGUGAUGGUAAUGUCAAGGCCUUGGCCAUCCAUUUUUCACUGAA